AUGACUCGCAACCGAGGCAAGCGCAUUCGCAAGCCUGCCCAGAGUCAAGUCCUAGGACGGGACGCUGGGAACGGGCAUUUGGAGUUCCGACUCGAAGCAUUCUCGCCCGAUGGGAGCGAGGGGCAUCUGCCCGAAGGCACGCGGUUGGAGGACUUGCCGACCAAGUUCUGCGCUGCGCCCGAAUGCAAGAACGGGAAGGACCUGAAGAAGUGUUCCCGGUGCAAGUCUGCAAUGUACUGUAGCUCAGCAUGCCAAAAACGCGACUGGCCAAACCACAAAGCCCAAUGCCUCCUCAACGUCACACAAGCCGCCUCCUUCGGCGGGUUCGACAACGAGCCGCCGCUGCAGCGCCACCUGCGGCACUUCACCGCGCGCUUCGAGGGCUCGCUCACCUGCGCCGCCAUCGUCGCGCUCGGGAUCUGCCACGACUUCGCCAACGCCGGCCGGAAGGCGCUCGUCAUCGCGCUCACGCCGCGCGCGCACGAGCACCCCGGCGCGCGCUUCCUCGUCCGGAGCGUCACUGUCAUGACCAUGACGCAGCUCGAGACGUUCAUGCACAUCCUGGAGCCCGCGGGCGGCGCGGCGACGCUAGCGCAGCACCAGCUGGAGCGCGCGAAGAUUCGGGAGAGGCAUAGUGGCGCCAAGGACUUCACGGCGGCGCUGUUGUAUGCGACGGGCGGCGAGGGGGAGGGGAUGGCAAUGCGGUUCAAGCCGAUCUGCGUGGACCGCGCGAUGGCCGCGAGCCCGGCGUUUAGAGACGAGACGCUGGAUUGGGAGACGACGCUGAGGAUCCAGGUUGAGAGGGAUAUGCCGGCGCGGGCGACUUAG